AUGUCGCUGACGAACGGCACGCGAGAACGGAAUGAGGAGACAAGUCACGUCAAAAAGCAAUGGAUUCUGAACGCCUUCGUCGAAACAUGCUCCGGCCACCAGUCUCCCGGGCUAUGGAAACACCCUGCAGACAAGUCGCACCAGUUCAAUACUUUGUCUCACUGGACGAACCUUGCUCAACUCCUUGAACGUGGGAAGAUUCACGGCAUCUUCAUCGCAGACGUACUGGGCGGUUACGACGUCUAUUUGCAGUCUCUCGAUCCCGCGAUCCGAUCAGGGGCACAAUGGCCGGUCCAUGAGCCGCUUGCAUCGAUCCCAGCCAUGGCAGCCGUGACGAAAUCCAUUGGCUUCGGCGUGACGGUGUCGACGACGUACGAACAGCCAUAUCAUCUUGCUCGCCGUCUGUCGACACUCGACCAUCUCACCAACGGCCGUUUAGGUUGGAAUGUCGUCACGUCGUACCUGGAUUCUGCGGCGCGCAACAUGGGCUACUCUUCUCAACCACAGCAUGAUGACCGCUAUGCCAUGGCUGAAGAGUAUAUCCAGGUCAUGUACAAGCUGUUCGAGUCGUCGUGGCGGGACGAUGCCGUCAAGUUGGACCGGCAGACCGGUGUGUACAGCGACCCUGCUCUCGUCCGGCGUAUCAACCACAAGGGCAAGUUCUUCGACGUACCGGGUCCACACAUCUGCUCGCCGUCGCCACAACGCACGCCCAUGCUAUUACAAGCAGGCACAAGCUCCAAAGGCAAACUGUUCGCGGCACAGCACGCCGAGGCUAUCUUCGUGUCCCACCACUCGCCCGAAGCAUGCCAAGCAAACAUAGCAGACGUCAGAAAGCUGGCAAAGGAGAAGUUCGGACGGGAUCCCCAGAACCUCAAAGUCCUGGCGCUGGUGACGCCGAUCUUGGGCCGCACGGAAGAGGAGGCCAGGGCAAAGUAUGCCGACUACAAGCAGUACGCGGAUCUAGAGGGCGCAUUAGCGCUUUUCGGCGGCUGGACUGGAAUCGAUCUGAAUCAGUACGAAGAAGACCAAGAGCUGAGAUAUGUCGAGAGCAAUGCCGUCCGCGCGACAGUCGAAAGCUAUGCGCGGUUCAGUCCCAGCGUAGGCAAGUGGACCAGGCAAACGAUCGCGGAGCAUGUGAGCAUCGGCGGCAACGGACCCGUGCUGGUCGGGACGCCGAGCCAGGUAGCGGACGGCCUGCAACGGUGGGUUGAUGUUGCUGACGUCGAUGGCUUCAACAUCGCGUACGCUGUGUUUCCUGGCAGUUUCGAGGACGUGGUGGAGCUGCUGGUGCCAGAGCUAAGGAAGCGAGGUCUGUUUUGGGAGGAUUACGCCAUUCCCGAGGGGACGUAUCGCGAGAACUUUUACGGAAGCAAGGGCCAGACAGGGCCGCUCAAGGAGCAUGUAGCGAGUCGGUAUAGGUGGAGCAAGGGGGCAACGGCGGAAGAGCACAAGAUUCCAGCUUAG